AUGCAAGAACAGGAGAAAAGUAGUAUCUCGGCAGCAACUGGAAAGGAACAAAGGAUAGGAACGACACCGGUAGAAAAUGGUGCAAUUCAACGGAUGCCUGGGAAAGACGGGGAUGUCUCUUCCAGCAUACCGCCGGUUAUCGAAACCUACCAGGAUCUAAUCAAAAAUCGCGUUGUUGGAGAAACACCGGACGACGAAAUUUUGUGCACUCCUAGAUGGCUCAUCUUUAACUCCCCUAAUGCUUACAAAAAACCAUGCUAUGGAGAUUUUACAAUUACUAACAGAGAUCCUUUCACAGUGGCGUGGUGUAUAAAAACGAAGGAAAAAUUGAUGCGAUUAUCACAAGCCCAUGGAAUUUUGAAGCCUGGGGAGCAUGCUGAUCUAACUCUAUAUCUAAUUUCAUCGGAUGACUGGCCUCGUGACUUUAUCGAAUACACGGGAAGGCGUCUCAAAUUGGUUGUAGAGAAUCUUAAAAUCCCUGACAAUAUCCGUCCAAGAAGUAAACUGGAAUCGUCUCGUAUGUCGAAGGAUAUUUUCCAUUAUUCAGCCAGUCAGAGCCCUCUCCUCCGGAUGUACACAAAGAUUAGUGUAAUACUCGAAUGA